CAGUUGGUCAGAAACACGGUGGAGGACUGUUGACAUUUUUAAAAACAGUCCAAACACAAGAGGUAAAGACAAAAAAACACAGAUUUGUGUCUUCUAAACACACCAAGAUGGAAAGUGACUCCUAUGAUGAUAGCCAGAGUGACAGUGGAGUUUCAGCGGACUUCUCCCCAUGCAGCACUUUAGAGGGCAACACCAUCUCUACAGGCACUCCAGCAGCUGUACCCAAAGAGACUCCCAUUGAGAGGGAAAUCCGACGGUCUAUAGAGCGUGAACACAGUCUGAGAAGGUCUAGAGGGCUUCCAAAUCCACCCACUUCGCCAGAGUAUGUAGACAUCCCUCUAAGGAAAACUGUACUCUGCCAGCCAAUAAAUGCUCAGUCUGAGAGGUGUCAAGGUAAAGACCGGCAGUUUGCAGGCAAGAAGAUGCAGCAUGAGAUCUAUGAGGAGGCCCAGAGGGAACAGGAUCUGGUCAAUCUUGGGAAAGUUACAGGGUCCUAUGACAAAGGCACUGUACGCCAAGUCAAGGAGAGGAAACAGCUUUUUGAGGCUUUUCAGAAACCCAAUGACUCAACUUUGACUCUGUCAGCCAGGAGUAAGACCACGUCCUGGUCCUCUGCCAGUGAUAUUUCAACCCUGGAGAACCAGGACGACAUGUCAUCACAGGCAUCCACCAUAGGAGGCUCAUAUGUGGACAGGAUUCCCACACAGAGCCCAAACCUAGGAGGGGGUUUCACUUCUUUGACCCCCCGAGGACCAGGCUUCUCUGAGGGGACAGCAUGUCAGGUCAUCAUCCUGGAGAACAAUCUAAGUGUCCCAGCACAGAAGCUCUACCACGUCAAACCAGAGGCAGAGGCCUUCACUGUAGUUGACUCAAGACCUAACAUCUCAUCAUCCAGGACAGAAGGACAUGGUGGAAUUAAAGUGAGAGAGCAGGAAAAGGAGGAGGAAGAAGAGGAGGUGACACUCAAGGAGAACCCCUUUUUCAAACUGCGCUCCUCAACCAAUUUAGUGGAGCAGGACAUCCGGGAGGCUCAAGAGAGGGAGAAGGAGCUUCAUAGGCAGAGGAUCAGUCUCUAUGGGGGUACAGGCGGUGCAAAAGGAGGAGGAGGAGGAGGAGGAGAGAGGCCAGUCAGCACAGAAGGAAAGAGUCCCACGUUGUCUCCUUCUUCACUGAGUGGACUGUCUGUUCCUGACUUACCUGGCUCAUCAUCCAGAGGGGGAACUAGACCCACAGCAGCACGCCAGUCAGUUGGCAAGUUCGCCAUGUGGCCUCCUGCCCAGGCUGAAGAGGAGAAGAUUAACCAGCCAGAGGUCCUCCAGAGUCCCCGGACCCCCAGACAGAAGACCCCUCUGGUACAACACUGGGAGUCAGGUCUAGUCAACGGGCACAACAUAGAAGACAACUGAGGAGACGUUGAUAGGGCGUAACUGAAGGAGGGAGGAAGGUUAACAGAGACCUGUAGUUUUUUGAAGUGGAGGACUGAAAGACCGUGAGAUGAAAAGAAAAGCAGUGUAAGGAAAUUGAGAGCAGACUAGAGGAGGAAGCAGUGAUAAAAUGGAGGAAAGAGAGAAUGUGACUUGAGAAAGAGGUCAGGGAUUGAAGCUACAAAGGGGGUCAGGAGGAUUGGGAGCAAGGAAAAGGAUUGGCGGUGGACUGAAAACGCAGAAGAGUCCUUCUUUGAGGAGGAGAGAAAAAGAAGGAAGAGGGCCACCUUAUUAGUGGACAAGCACUUGGCCUGUUUCUGGUGCUGGAAAGCUCUGAGACAAAUGAAUGUAAAAAGACUAAACAAAAUAAUAACACUGCACCGGUAACAAGAAAAAUGUAAAUUUAGUGGGAAUGGGAUUUUAAAACUUUAAUGAAGUUCUUAACCAUUGGAUUUUUUGAAUAAUAAUGAAACGUUAUUUCUUGAUGAAAACAGAUUGAGCGGUACAGUAUCUAGCUAGAAAAAUUGUGUGUCAUCACCAGUUUUAUGCCUCUAAUAAUGUCUUACACUGAGUUACUAGUUUAGAACACCUGUACAAUCUAAUGCAAUCCCUACAACAUCCAUGCAUAAAUCAUAUCUUUGUGUAGCUCAGUUUGUUCAGUUUUUAUUGACACUGUGUUAAAGAGUUAUUAUCCACAGUGCUGUGUCAGCACUGGAGGAGUCAAUGUCCUCGAUGUUCCACUUCCGUUAUUGUUUAGGUGCCGCCGGAAAAAGAGAAUUAAUUUCAGCAAUUAUUGGAUUUGAUCACUUAACUGAUGUGUUCCUUCAGAGACCUGGUAAAUAGACGGUGUAUAGACCAGUGAUCUGGAUUGCUACCCAAAUUUUAAUUCCUGAAUAGCUACUCUUUUUUGUUCUUUUGUUCUACUGAGAGCUGUAUAGUGCAACGAGGCACCUCAUAAAAAAAGUGUUGAUCUGAAUUUCAGAGCUGAAUGAUGCUACAAACUGUAAAACACACCUAAUGCUUAAAUAAUAGCUGCUCUCUAUUGUUUAGAGGUGUACUUUUUUUAAAAUGCUGCAGUAAAUUAGUAUUUAGGAAUGAAACUUGAUACACA